UUGGCGAGUCGGACAUCGCCACUUCAGAGACAGGAAUCAAAACAAGCCGAGCGGACACGCCUUCGCCAUGGCUCUCGGUCUCCUGUCAGAAGAAAGCGCGCCGAUCGCCACCGAACUCGCGCUUUAACGGCUGCGCGGACGCGCUCUGUCUCGAAACCGACAGACACGAAUCAACGGGAGGACGAUGGCGGGCGACGGUCGCUGACGGACGGACGGGCGCUUCUUCGACGAGCGAGCGAGAGCGCGGCCGCUAUGCCCAACCAGAAGAGCGGCAAGGGGAAGAGAAACAAGAGGACGAACAGCAGCGGCGACGAGCAGGAAAAUGGAGCCUCGGCGGCGGCGGCGGCGGCAGCAGCAGCAGCGGUGACUGCUGCGGCUGCGACGGGAGGAGCGCAGGGGGCCGCCGGAGCCACAGGAGGGGCUGCAGGAGCUCCGCUGACUGAGUACAGAGAGGCGCCAUGCGCCACCCCUCUGGUGUGUAGCGUGGGCCGUGCAGUGGACCUGGAGAAGGACGAAUACCAGCGGGUGCUGUGCAACAGUGAGCACUGUCCCUUUGGCAACUGGAUGCACCUGCAGUGCUUCUAUGAGUGGGAGAGCAGCAUCCUGGCACAGUUCAACUGCAUCGGUCGCGCCCGCAGCUGGAACGAGAAGCAGUGCCGGCAGAACAUGUGGACCAAGAAGGGCUACGACUUGGCCUUCCGCUUCUGCUCGUGCCGUUGCGGCCAGGGCCACCUGAGGAAGGACACAGACUGGUACCAGGUCAAGCGGAUGCAGGACGAGCGCAAGAAGAAGGUGCUGCCGGAGAAGAGCGGUGCCAAGGCCAAGGAAGGAGGUGCUUCUGGUGGGUGCGGAGGGGAGGCCCCGGAGGAGCCCAAGAAAGGGAAAUCGUCCAAUAAGCUGGCUCACCGAGGCUCUAACCAGGAGCUGGCCCGCCGCCAGUCUGUGGACCGGCAAAACUCUCAGGAGAGAGGCCAGGCGGGUCUGACCUGUGACUCACCUGGACAGUCGCCGCCCUCGGGCUUCUCCUUCUUCUCCCCUCAGCAGGCAGUUGGCCCGCGCAGCUCCCGGCAUCUAGGUGAGUUCCUGAAGAGCGCCGUCCACAUGGAGGGUGGCCGGAAGCACCUUUUGGCCACCCGCGGGGCAGCACACCCUGACCACGGGGCCGCAGCGGCUGGCCUGUGCCUGCCUCGCCUCAUGCCAGGCGAUAACCCUGUGCAGUUUCUGCAGAGGCUGGACCUCUCCGAGCUGCUGGCGCAUAUCCCCCGCCACAAGCUCAACACCUACCACGUGCGCAUGGAGGACGACGCGCAGGCCGGCCAGGGAGAGGACCUGAGAAAGUUCAUCCUGUCGGCGCUGAGCGCCAGCCACCGCAACGUGGUCCACUGCGCCCUGUGCCAUCGCACGCUGCCCAUAUUUGAGCAGUUCCCACUGGUGGAUGGGACGCUCUUCCUCAGUCCUUCUCGCCAUGACGAGAUUGAGUAUGACGUGCCGUGCCAUUUACAAGGGAGGCUGAUGCACCUGUACGCUAUCUGUGUGGACUGUCUGGAGGGGGUGCAUAAAAUCGUGUGUAUAAAAUGCAAAUCUCGAUGGGACGGAAGCUGGCACCAGCUGGGCACAAUGUACACCUAUGACAUUCUGGCUGCUUCACCUUGUUGCCAGGCCAGACUGAACUGCAAGCACUGUGGAAAGCCCGUCAUUGAUGUCCGGGUGGGCAUGCAGUAUUUCUCGGAGUACAGCAACGUGCAGCAGUGUCCACACUGCGGUAAUCUGGACUAUCACUUUGUCAAGCCAUUCUCCUCCUUCAAAGUUCUGGAAGCCUAUUGACGAAAGUUGUCAUUGCAUGCUAGUUUACUUUUUCUAUUCAUAGGUAUCUUAUUUGGGAACUUUUUUUCUCUGGUGGGUUUUAGUUCGAGAUUUAUAAAGGCAGGAGAGAAAUUGGAAUGAUGGCAGGUGAAAUAAUUGCGGAAGAAAGGGGUGAGGGAGCGCUUCACUAUCUGUUCCUAAGGCUACGUUCACAUUUCCAGGCUGAAGUGGAACAAAUCCGAUUUUCUUGCCCAGGCUGUGUGGACACAAAUCUGAUGGAUUCAAAUCCAACCUGAACCACUUUCAUAUGUGGUCCUAGAUCGGAUACGUGUCUGAUUUGUGGCCGUGUGACGCGCCGAUCAGAAUUCAUAUGCUUUUUUUUUUGCUGUGUGUGCACAUCAGUCAGCGUUACUAUGGCAACAGCGCCGAACAGAUGUUAAAGCCUGUAAACGGUGGAAAAGCAGCUCCUCUCACCUUUUUCUCCUUCAUCUGGCUCUAAUAAUGAAGCUGAGAGCUGAUCAGAGUUAAUGAU